AUGGGUUUUCAUCUCCACUUCGUAAUCACGCUCUUACUUCUCACCGAAACAGAGUCUCAGAUGCAAACGACAGGCUCUCUGCCUCUAAGGAAUAUAAUCACUCCUCUAAAGCAACUAACCAUCGUGGUAAUGGCGUUUCUCCUCAGGGUGCUCAAAACGGAUCACAAAGAUCUCUCUCAUCUCACACGCCACCUCCAAAUCCACUUAGAGAGCUAA